CGAAUUGUUCCCGGACAGUUGUCAUGUUGUCAAAUUAGAUGACAGAUUGAUGUGCGCAAAAUGCUACCUGGAAAAAGGUGAUUUUGUUCGUUGGGUAUGGGGAUGCCGAAAUAAACAAACGCACGUGUUGGUUGCCCGAUAAUUAGAGCUUGAGCCCGUUCGUGCACCGGACUGUCCCGCAUCAGCGAUGGAACUUUUUACCAUAAAUCGGUACGAUGAGACCAAACUCAACGAGGAUGCUGAGAAAGCUCAAGAAGAGCUUAUUCUGCAAAAGCUGCAGGCCCGUAAAGAAAAGAAAGCGCGUUUAAGGACACCUCAAACUGCAGUGGAACUCCAGGAAACUGCAAAUCAAUCAUCUGAAUCGCUAGUGAACACCGUUGCCCAUGAAUCCUCAGACGAAACCCUCAACGGUGGUGCUCCUACCGACGAAACAGAGAAUGGCGAGCAGUCGGAUGAAGAACGUACCGAAACACAGAGCGGUAUGGAACAGGAUGCCGACGAAUCCGCCUCAAAUAAUGACAACGAAGAAAAGGUCCAAAAAACGGCUGGGGCAAAGCAGUUGGGCGAUUUCAUUGUGCUGGGCGGCGAUAAACUUCACCGCCUAAAACAAACGGACGAAGUGCUUCCGCCCUGGCUGUCUCAUCCCACGAUCAUUCAGCAUGAUCUUUCCGCCAAGGGACCGUCGAUAAAGCAGCAGUCGUAUCUCGAUGACAGGAUCAAAGCCAAUCUGAAAAGCAUGGGCUUCAAGCGUUUGUUCCCGGUGCAGGAAAAGGUCAUUCCCUGGAUACUGGAAGCUCACCAGAAACCGGCCCCCUUUUGGCCCCGGGAUGUGUGCAUCUCUUCGCCGACCGGUAGCGGUAAGACGCUUGCCUUUGCCGUGCCGGUGGUGCAGCUGCUGCUGAAGCGAGUUGCGCCCGCAAUCCGUGCGCUGGUCAUCCUGCCCGUGCAGGAGCUGGCCGAGCAGGUGUUCCAGGUGUUCCGCCAGCUGUGCGAUGGUACGAACAUCCAUCCCGUCGUCCUUUCGAGAGGCAUGCAGCUCGAGGUGGAGCAGCAAAAGCUCGUCAAGUACUGCAAUGGCGAGUACAUGCCGAAGGUCGACAUCGUGGUGACGACGGCCGGUCGACUGAUAGAGCAUUUACACUCGACCAAAGGGUUCACGUUACGCCACCUGCGCUUUCUGAUCGUGGACGAGGCGGACAAGGUGAUGAAUCAGAUACAAAACGAUUGGCUGUACCAUCUGAACAAGCACGUCAAGCACGAGUCGGACGAGUAUCUGCUUGGCCGUACCGCCGAUCUGCUGUCCCAGAGUGAGCUGUUCGAUCGGGCCCGGCAACCGCACAAGCUGCUCUUUUCCGCCACCUUCAAGCGGGACGCCGAGAAGCUGAAAACGCUCAAACUAUUCCACCCGAAGCUGUUCACGGCAGUGAUCGACCCGCAGGAGCGAACCAUGAUGGCGCAAAGCACCGCUACCACGCAAGCAGCGGAACCACGGCGGGGCAACUUUGCCGGCCAGUACACGAUACCGGCCGAGCUGAAGGAAUGCAUUUGCUUGACGGAACAGCGCAGCAAACCGUUGACGCUGUACGGGCUCAUUCGUGAGAACGGGUAUCGCAAGUUUUUGGUAUUUACCAACGGCAUCAACACCUCCCAUCGGCUUUCGUUCGUGCUGCAGCGUCUGUUCGGCACGGACAUGGUAAUCGAGGAGUGGUCCUCGUCACUAAGUCCCGCGACCAGGAAAAGCGUGCUGAACCGCUUCAGUUUGGGCAAGGUGAACGGAAUCAUCUGUACCGAUGCGCUGGCCCGCGGUAUUGACAUCGAAAACAUUGAGGUGGUCAUCUCGUACGAUAUGCCGAAUCACAUCGAUAAGUACAUUCACCGUAUAGGGCGUACGGCGCGUGCUGGUCUGCGCGGAACUGCCAUUACGUUGCUGGCGGAAGACGAAAAGAAAAAGUUUAAUGCUCUUUUAAAGGAAGCUAACAAAAGGGAGCUUGAAACGAUGGAGGUUAGUCCGUCCCUGGAGGAAGAGUUUGCCGCCAAAUACGCGAACGUAUUGAACGAUUUACGCGAAGCGCUGGAGCUUGAGACGGAAGUGAUCAACAAAAUACGCAAAGGAAUAUCGAUCGGGAAUAUAACGAGAGUCAACUUACUGACAAAAUUGAAAGAUCAAGUCGACAUUACGUAUUCAACGGAGAUAAUAAAAACGUUAAAAAUUCUGCCAAAAAGCUGGACCAACGAAGAGAUAGAGCAGAGGGCGAUGCAAGGAAUGCCGAAGAAGAAUAAACGCAAAGCAGAAAAUAUUGGUGAUGACCAGCCGAAUGGCGAUGGUGGUGCGGCUGAAGUAGAAGUAGGAACAGAAACCACGGCCAAUGGAAAGGUCAAAGGGGACAGGAAAAAGCGUAAACUUAAUGUUGCUCCUGCUGUAGCGGGUAAAGAGUCUACCGGAAACGGCACGCCGCCAACAACUGAAGAUAGUGGGGCGACAAAGCAAGCAGCAAAACGUAAGCGAAAGAAGGCAAAGUUAUCCACUGGCGUUGCGAAUGGAACUUCAAUCGCGAAUGGCAAUGCGGUAAAAAGUGUGAAAAGUGCAGAGAAGAAAGGAAAGGUUAAGAAGAAUCGUUGGAGAAGUAAUGCACCGAAAAGUGGUGCAGAUAAACCAGCAAAAUAGGUGCGUUAUGUUUUGUAGGGUUGUAACAUAUGCAAUUUCUUAAUAAAGCUUAUGAACCAUAUAUGUAAAAUUAAA